AUGAUAGACCUACCCGACGAGAUCUGGCACCAGAUAUUUGCCAAUUUUGAGGACUACAUGCCCUUCAAGAAUUGGUGGAUGUAUGGCGCUCAACUCAAUCACGAAUCUCCUAGAACCUUGUUUUCACUUUCACAAGUAUCACGCCGUUUCCGACGCGUUGCACAAUCUUUCCUUUUUCGCACUCUUCUUCUUGAAGGAAGUGAUGAUCAAGUGCUAGUCCAGAUGCUUCUCUUGAGAACUUUAAGCGAAGACCCCAAACUAGGUCAACACGUCCGCAAUGUUUCCCUUGACGACAGUACAGGAAGUCCCCUUCGGAAGAGUACCACGUUGGCCAACAUUCCAGUUGAAAGCAUCCUUAGAAAAGCGCUUAGUUCUCUCAACCUCCCACCAUCUACUACCAAGUGGCUCGAAAAGUCUAUUUCGGAUGGGUGCGCCUUUGGGAUUCUCGCUAUGGCAUAUAUGGCUCAAGCUCAGUUUGUUGAUUGCACAGUGGCUCGCGUUGGAAGUCCUUUACCCUUCAUGCUCAGCGGACAUCUAGGGCUAGAAGAUGGUUUGCUGAGUCAACCUCGCGUGGAAGCACAGGUCCAAGAAAUCAAUCACCAAGACAAUGACAAGACAAACGACAAACACCCGUCAAUCGUGAUGGGGAAGAUGCCUAAAACCUACAGCUUCCCCAAUCUGACAGAAGUAAGGAUAAGGGUAGGAGGCUUCGAAGAGGUUUUGCCCGCCUUUGUGAUCGAGCCGAUUCUCCUUCACCCCACACUCAAAACACUACGGACCUUUGGCAUCGACUGGAGUGGGAAUACAAGUAGGCAACUAAGAUGGCCUGACCGAGUUUCCAAUCUUCGGUGCUUGGAUCUGAAGGAGUCUGUCAUAGAUGCAAACGGCCUGAGGAGCGUCCUCACUCGCUGUCCAAUAUUGAAGGGCUUGUCGAUUCAGUUGGCCAGUUGGAGCAGCGAUCAAGAUAGAGAAGAGGGUAGCUGGAUAGUUGACCUUGAUGAUUUCGGCAAUGUGCUGAGACAGUUUGGACGAGGUUUGGAGGAGUUUGAUAUCCAUACUCUCGGCUACAGUUCUGAACAUUCCACCGACGGUAGACUUGGGUUGCUCCAAGCUCUAAGCUCGUUGAAACAUCUCAAAACUGACAAAGAGGUACUUCUGGGGCCUGUGACAGAUCCAGAUGAGGAAGUGGGUUUGCCAGCCUUUCAUCUUGGUGAGGCUUUGCCGCCAUCUUUGGAAACUCUAUACUUGCAUUGCGUCAACGAUAACUACGGUGAGUACUGGUAUGAGAGGAGGCGUCAGAUCGUUAACAAAGAAAUUCAUGACUUGAUUAUCCAAGACAGACUCCCUGAUCUCCGAGAGAUACAGGUCGAGCGGUACUAUAACGAGACAGGAGAAGGAGAAUGGGAUCCGGACUUAAAGGUAGAAGGAUGGAAAAUCAGUGUUCAAAAUGAGCAUCUUUGGGAGACCUAUGAUAGUUCGGGGUGUAUGCGUACGAUCCUGAUUCUGUCCAGGAGGAUCUAA